GUCGGGCAAAAGUGAAGGGGCCUUCAUUUUCGCAACACACAACAGACACUAAUCGCUCCGAGUCCACAAUUUCCUUCUUCGGCCCGCGACCCGGAUUAGUCGAACAAAAGGUUUCCACUCGCAGUUUGGUGCAGUGUCCCUCGGUGUGUGAAGAAAAAACACAAGUAAACGGUGCUACUCCUAGUUAAGCGUCGUCUAGGGCCAACUCGCUUCGAUCAUGCAGCUUCUGUCGGGACUGGUUAAAACAACGCUCCCCAACUACCUUUCCGGGCUGCCCAUUCCGGAUAGUUUCGGAGGAUGGUUCCGGCUAGGAUUUAAGGACUGGCUGUCGCUCGUCCCACCGACGGCCGCUGUCGCCGGCGUCGUCUACAUGUCCUACUUGGCGUUCUGUCCCGAAGCCCGGCCAAAGCCAUCGGGAAAGGCAAACAACAAGAUCCGGCUAACCGAAGCCAAGGUGGUCGAUAUGAUCGACAUCGAGGAUAUUACCGAGAAGGCUGCCUUCUGUCGCUGCUGGAAAUCCGCCAACUGGCCCUACUGCGAUGGAUCACACGGAGCGCAUAAUAAGGAGUGUGGCGAUAACCUCGGCCCGGUGGUCGUUCAACGCAAGAAGAACUAAUCGAUCCGAACCGACACAGUGGUGGCGGUGGCAGUGGCGGCUGCGGCGGCGAGUGAUACUCUCGAUUACAGUGAUUAGACUUAGGCUGUUGUUGUUGUUGUUGUGUACACCACAUUUUCAUUGGAAAAACUCAUCAAAGACAGAAAAAUCCAACCGGCAACAACCAAAAUUCAUUUCAUUUUCGUUUCGUUCCCUAGGAGCCCGUUGUAUUUCUAAUAUUGCAUUUCGCCUACAGUAGGCAUAGGUGAGAAGCCGCCGAGCGUUGUGGCACAGUUUUGAAACAGAUUUGCAAACAGAGCAGGCUCGAAAACAAAGUUUUUAACGCCCAAGCGUGUUAAAGCAAGGCUUCCACCAAAGGCCACCGGUGCGGUUGGUGCAUAGUAGGGCGCUCAUCCCAGAAAGCUAAACCUAUCCCGCAAGAAACAUCAGUCUUCUUUUUCUUUUGCUAUCUUGGUAAUGGGACUAAGCUCUUGCUAAACCUAAUAAACGUUCUUCUUACAUCGUA